UCACCAGCCAUGAUGACCACGCAGCUCUCGCAGGUGCAUCAGCACUACCACCUCGACUGUGAGGCCGCCGUUAACAUCCAGAUGAACCUGGAGCUCUACGCCUCCUACGUGUACUUGUCGGUGGGCUACUACUUCGACGGGGACGAUGUAGCCCUGAAGGCCUUCUCCCACUUCUUCCUGCAGCUGUCGUGCGAGGAGAGUGAGCACGCCCAUAGGCUGACGCAGCUGCAGAACCUGCACGGAGGCCGCCUCUGCCUCCGUCUCCACAAUAUCGGGAAGCCAGACCAAGACGACUGGGAGAGCGGCCUGGAGGUCAUGAAGUGCACCUUACAUCUGGAGAAGUGCAUCAGCCAGAGCCUGCUCGAUCUGUACCAGCUGGCCACCGACAAGAAUGACGCCCAUUUGUGCGACUUCCUGGCGAAUCACCACCUGAAGGAGCAGGUCAAGUCCAUGAAAGAGUUGGGCGGCCAUAUCACCAACCCGCACAAGAUGGGGGCCCCAGAAGAUGGCAUGGCAGAGUACCUCUUUGACAAGCUCACCCUGGGUGACGGCAAUAAGAACUGAGCUUGGACUGCCUUCCCCAGAGCCACGGGG